UGUCGUCGCUCAGUCGUGCUGCUUAGCUUAGAGUUUUUUUAACUGGGAAAGACUGACCUUCAAGAAAACGCAGCUUCGAAAUCUCUUGAAAUUUUUACAAGUUGUGGUCAGGCUUAAUGGUCGGUGAUGCAAAUAGUCGAUUAGUGUCAGGGAUUUGUGGAACUCUUCAUCGAAGCUGACCUUGCUCAUUCUGAAAGGUACUAUUUCGGAUCGAACGACCGGUAGAUCCGUGCGAUGAUAGGAAUUGCUCGGAAAAUAGAUCGCAACGACGGCUGAAGCAAGGACUCGAAAGGGCGUUGGAAUCUUGGAGAGAAAUGACAACACAAGGGGAUUGUUGUCGCUGGAGUAAAAAGUAUCAUUUUCCGCCAUAUCUCUAUGGCUGAAAGAAGAGCUAGCACAACUCGUUAUGUUAAACUUCGCAUAUUCGCCGGUCAGUUGCUCGCCGCUGUCCAAUCCACUGUGAUAUCGGUUUCGGAGACUGCCACGACAAGGCAGGUAUUGAGAUUGACUCUCGGACAAUUGGAAAUAAAAGAAAAACCGGAAAAUUUCGAGUUGGUCGAGGUUUGCUAUCGAGACAGUGUUUUGGACCAGGACAGCGAGAGGGUCCUGAGCGGGUCUGACCAGCCCUAUCAAGUCCAACAGAGUUGGAGAAAGUUGCCUCCAAAAGUCAGAACUUCAUAUCGACUUUUUAUCCGAGAAAAGGUCGACGACAGAGACGAAACGAAACCAGAACUACUUCGACAACACUGGAUGGAUUGCCACGAAAGUGUAAGGAACUGCCACGAGUUAGACUUCGAUCUGGAAUCUAAACUUUCCGAUGAUGAUCUCUGUUGUUUACCAACGUUAUCAGAGCAAACUUUGCUCAAACAUUUGGAAGAAAGGUUUUCCCAAGGACGUAUUUAUACUUACGUAGGAGAAAUACUCAUCGCUGUGAACCCCUUUCGCUUUUUUCCUAUGUACAAUCCAAAAUUUAUAAAUGCAUACAACAACCGGAACUUAGGAUCCCUUCCUCCACAUAUUUUCGCCAUUGCCGAUGUUGCUUUUCAUCGUAUGCUGCGAGAGAAGAAAAGUCAGUGCGUUGUGAUAAGUGGCGAAAGUGGAUCUGGGAAAACGGAAAGUACUAAACUUAUUGUUCAUCAUUUGACGGCUUUGGGUCUCAAAACGCAAGCUACGUCAGUGGAGAAGACCAUUCUUGGAGUCGGUCCGGUCCUUGAGGCUUUUGGAAAUGCUAGUACGGCAUACAACAAUAAUUCAAGUAGAUUUGGAAAAUUCACACAAAUCAAGUUCAGGCCUGAUGGAGCUGUGUGUGGAGCUGCUUUGAGGAAAUAUUUGUUGGAAAAGUCAAGAAUUGUUUCUCAAGCUCCAGAGGAGAGAAAUUACCAUGUGUUUUACUAUUUACUUGCUGGAGCAAGUCCUGAAGUUAAAGAGGAACUCCACCUCACAAAACCAGAGGAGUAUUGUUAUCUUAAUCAGAAUGAGUGCUAUUCCCUGGAAGGGAUCGAUGAAGCCUAUGAAUUUCUUAGACUAAAAAAGUCUAUGGAAAUGGUAGGCUUUCCUGCUGAUGUGCAUAAGAGAAUUUUUAGCAUUUUAUCUGCCGUACUGCAUAUUGGAAAUAUCAAGUUUUCACGGAGACCAGGACAGGAAGAAGCAAUGAUAAGGGACAGUGAAGAUCACACAAUCGACUUUGUGUGUGACCUCCUAAUGGUUACUCGGCGUAAUCUUGUUGAUGUUUUAACAACAAAGAAAACAAAAACCAGAAAUGAGCAGUUUAUUGUACCCUAUAAAUACGAAGAGGCCAUAGCCACGAGAGAUGCAAUGGCAAAAGCACUGUAUGGCACUCUGUUUGACUGGAUUGUGUUGCAAGUGAACCAUGCAUUGGCUAUCAAGCAGUUGAAUGUAGUAGAGGGAUGCUCCAUAGGAGUGUUGGAUAUUUUUGGAUUUGAAGAUUAUCUGCAUAACAGUUUUGAACAAUUCUGUAUCAAUUUUGCCAACGAAAAGCUUCAAUUUUACUUCAACAAACAUGUGUUUAAGCUGGAGCAGGAUGAAUAUAUUUCUGAAGGAAUUGAGUGGAGGAGUGUGGAGUUUGUUGACAAUGCAGCAUGUUUGGAUUUGAUUUCUGGUCGGCCAACAGGUCUAUUAAACUUGAUUGAUGAGGAGAGUAGUUUUCCCGGUGCCACGGAAAGUUCUUUACUAGCCAAGCUGGACAAGAAUCAUUCAGGCCACAAGUAUUACGAACAGUCCCUUAUACAUCAGGCAUUUGUCAUAAAGCAUUAUGCAGGAAAUGUAAAAUAUAACAUCCAGGGAUUUUUGGACAAGAACAGGGAUCUCAUGAGACCGGACAUCUUAAGCCUGCUCAAGAACAGUGAUUCAAGAUACGUGAGAGAUUUACUUGGAGCCGAUCCCUUGGCAGUGUACAGAUGGUCGAUUCUCAGGUCGUUUUUCAAGGCAGUACAUGCUUUCAAAGUGGCUGGCAGAGAAUAUCGUUCAAGUGGAAAAGCAAAUGAUCGCGUAGUUACAAGUCCUGGAGGACGAAAGAGGAAAACUAUCAUGAAGGGUUCAAGACUGCAUGCUGUUAAUUCUGAUGAGGGACACUCAAACCACGAAACAGCCAAUCUGUUUCGAACAGCUGCAAGGGUGAUCAGGAGGAAGCAAAGUAACAAACCGUCGGCCAAGCCGCUGUCUAAGAUUCGUCAAGGUCUAGAAACUAAACGCGACAUGACUGUACGAACGUUCGAUUACCUGUUCAGAACGAUGCAGCGAGGAAAAGGAACGCCCAAAAACCCACCGACAGUCAGCGCUCAGUUUCAGUCUUCUCUUAGUCGUCUAGUGGAGCUUCUGGAGGAAGCCCAGCCUUUCUUUGUCCGCUGCAUCAGAUCCAACGCAGAGAAAGCUCCAAUGAAAUUCGAUCGCGAUCUGGUGGUUCGUCAACUGAGAUACACUGGCAUGCUGGAGACUGUCCGAAUUAGGACUCUUGGCUAUCAGUGGCGGUUCACGUUUGAGGAAUUUGUGAAACGGUACAGCUUACUGUUUCCGCGCAAGGAAGUCAGAGAUGUGCGCGAAGAGAUGCCGGGUAUUCUAGAAACAUUGAAACUGGAUCCUCGUGAGUUCCAGAUAGGCAAAGAAAAAGUGUUUCUGCGAGAUAGUCAGCAUGCCUUGUUGCAAUCUCGGCUGCACUUGGAGCAGAUCCACAAAAUCUGUGUGUUACAACGAUGGGUCAAAGGUGCUCUGCAGAGAAAGCAGUUCAUUCGCCAAAAAAAUGCUGCCGUCAUGAUACAGGCCUGCUGGCGUGGUUACUUAGCUCGUAGUUACCUCGAGGAACAGUCUCUUGCUGCUCUUCGGAUCCAGUCCUUUUGGCGAAUGUACUUGGCGCGGCGUGAGUAUCACCGCAUUCGUGAGAGAGUUAUAUUGCUUCAAAGUCACGCAAGGGGAUACCUGGCGAGAAGAAGGCAUUCGCAAAUACUUGAAGAGCACGAGAUGAAGCCCUUAUCUCCUCUUCAGGAAUCUCUUCGGCAUUUGAAUCGAUCCCUUAGUGACCCUCAAGGAUACAAUGCACUUGAAAGUGAUAAGCAAGAAUUUGCACAUAUUUACGAAGAAAUUAAAAGUCCAGGAUCGCCUAGACAACGAAUUUCUUCCAAGGUGAAGGAAGUAUCUGAGAUACUUAGCGGCACCUCGCCACCAGAUGGAUCAAAGUGCCCGGUUGUCCGCCAGAGGUCCUGCUCGGCACCAAACAGCCCUGAAUCCAAACGGCGGAGUCGUCCACCGCCGCUGGAACUUUCUCCACCGCCCGCCAAACGGGUGGAGCCCUUUUUGUCCAAGCUGAGUCCUAUUCCGUCACCGACACUUGCCUUUAAUAAAGGAAACGAAGGGAACGAUGAAUUCAAGUCAAACGCGAAAUUGUCACGAAAACUCACCCGCAGUUUCCGAAGGCGCCUGUCCUCCAAGGGGAAGACCGGACAUCGGUAUAGCACCUCCGACGUUCUGGAUGAUCGAGGAAGAACCACUUCUCCUCCGUUAUUCCAGGAUGAUUCGGCAGUUGGGAAGACUACGGAGAAAGCCGAUUUUGUCGCCACUCUCGGUCGUACUGAGCAUGGUGGUAAGGUCAAGAAAGGGAUUCUUCGCAAGAUCGCGCGCAACAACUCAUUCAGGAGAAAGUCAGAUACUAGUUUGAACAGAAACAAAUCAAAGAAAUCUAUGGAGAUGGAUGGAAGGAUAGGAUCACAUGAUGACCUGACCAAGGCCUUGAAUCAAACAAAGAUAGUCAGCUAUGCUCACCCUCAGGGACCCGCCCAGUGGAAAAAUACCGGCCAGAAGCUCAUCCAGGGUACUGAAGAAUUGGGUGCGCUGGAGGUUUUCCUUAUGAAUAAGGUGUCAAGUUUGAAUAAAGAAGAAAAUAAACGUGAUACAAUCGUUGACCGCGUGUUUAGAAAAGCUCUUCAAGAAUUUCACGUGCAACUCAUUUCAUCGUACUCCGUUCUCAUGAAGGAAGACAAAUCGUUAACUCUGAAUUAUGAAGACUUGAUGGGUCAGUUUGAAUUCACUCUGACAAAGACGAUCAAAAGCGAACGCAUCAGUGCCAGUUUUCCUGCAAUUCUGGGUGUGAACGCUUUCGGAGGGGUGCUGUCCGAGUUCAUCGCGUCAAGAACACGACCGGAAAAACAGACCAAGGAAACCAGGCAUCAAAAGAAAGCUCAUUUGAAGAAGCGAAAACCAUCUGAGCUCACGGAGUUCAAUGGUCAUAGAUUCUCUACCACUCAAUUCAGUAUACCAACAUUUUGUGAGCAGUGCGGAGGGUUUAUAUGGGGAUUGGACAAAGGAUUCGUCUGCCAAGAGUGCAGAUUCACUUGUCACAAAAAGUGUCACACCAAGUCUCAGAACAUUUGUCGGAAGGGAACGAAUAGAUCUAAAGGAAAGACGGAACUGUUCGGCGGUGAUCUAUCAGACCUUGUAUCAAAUGAAAACUCUGUACCACCAUUAGUAGACAAACUCAUUCAAGAUAUUGAAGCCAGAGGUUUAUACAGUGAGGGCCUCUAUAGAAAGUCACCGAGCAAUGUUGCAGUAAAAAAGCUUAAGAACGACAUUUGUACCUUGGGAAUUGAAAAUGUGUCAUUAGAUGAGUACACUGUACAUGUCGUAGCUGGCGUUUUGAAGCUGUUCUUCAGGCAGCUGGCUGUUCCCGUCAUUGCUGCUGAUUUUUACACGGAUUUCAUACGCACUUCAGAACUAACCGAUGAAAAGUUACGUCUGCAAGCUCUUUACAAUCUGGUACAAAAGUUACCUCGGGCCUGUCGAAACACUCUGGAGAGACUUGUUUUUCAUCUUGCCAGAAUAACACAACAACAGGAGGUGAACCUUAUGAAUGCAAAUGCCUUGGCAAUAAUUUGGGCACAGUGUACUAUGGCCACACCCCCCGGAAUGAGCGCGUUGGAAAUCAUGCAAGACGUUAGUAAACAGACCAAAUGUCUUGAAACCCUGAUUCUUGGUCAGUUAUCCAAGAUCCGAGCGACAAUCAACAACAUCCGGGAAAUUGAUAACGCGUCAGAAUCUGCUCACAAACGCUUGUCCAUGUUGAACGUUAAUGAAGGAGAGGAUGAGGGUUUGGUAGAGAACGAUCUAGAAGGCGAAGAAGAGGAAAAGCGUCUUCUCACGCAGCAGUUAGAUGAACUUCGAGAACAGAGAGCUGUUUUGACAGCCAAACUGAUAAGCUUAGAGCCCCGUAGGGGGGGAGACAGUGGAGAAGACUUGACUAGUGAUGAUUGUCAAACAGAUGACGACUUAGAGGUAACUGAGGAGGAGAGAGUGGCCGGUCCAGUUAGUUCAUCUUACAAAGAACCGCGUCAAACAACCAGUUGUCAGGCGGCGGAGGCCAACAAGGGCCAAGCUACGCGAGCAUGCAGUUCUGAGAUGAGAUAUUCUGUGACUUGUAAUCUACAGAGAGGGUUAUAAUUGUGACUUCAGUGAAGGGCAAGCGACAAUCAUUCUUCACUGGUUUUGGAGUUUGUCAAUUCCUUAUCGUUCACGGAAGCCUUUCAGGGUAAAAGUCAAGGAAGAGGUCAUGCGACGUGUUUUUUUGUAAUAAUAGUGACCGAGGAUGUCGACCAGUGAGACUAGGAUGAUUUUACGCACUCAGAAAAAAACACGGAUGAAUAAC